GGAGCAUAACAACAUCGCCCGCUGAUCCGCUGCGUCCGCUCUCACGGGCCCAGGCAGCCGCUCCGCUCCAUUCUAUUCUCGGUGGAUUAAAGAGGAAGGACUGGUAAUUGUUGAAUGGUAAGAAAUCGUUCUCACUCUAUCACCCUUUCUCUUGACGCUUCUCUCUCGCCGUCUCUCGUCGCAAUAAAAGUAAUAAUAAUAAUAUACACAGACAACAUUACUGGUAAUACAGUACAUUAUCAUCGAAUAUCACUCGUGAUCUGCGGACCCAAACCAGAUUUUUACCUUCGUACCGUUCGUAGUGGUCGAUCGUCGUCGUUAUUAGAGGACGAUUAUUAUUAGCCGUUCGAACUACCAUCCUUACAUCCCUGUCGUUGUUGUUUAGCCAUCGCCCCACAGGUAUAUAAUGCUGUUUGGUGAGACAAACGAGUGCCAUAACUCGCGGUUCACGUACCAACGUGUGUGCCAAGAUAAUAUCAACAGAGAUGUACCAGGUACACAAGAACAUAUGUCGGCAAACGUGGAAUAGCUUUGACUUGACACAUUGACCGUGUUAUUCGGCAAUAACUGACAUUGCACAAUAUCAUUUCGUCUUCGAUAUUUAUAUGCAUGGCAUAUAUCUUGCGUGUAAAUUGAAAUACAUAACACGUUUCUACUCGCAGCAUUAACACAGUGAUGUGAUUUCGUAGUGAAGUAUCAUCAUGAUGCGUACCAAACGACAUGAAUCUGAACAGCCCAUCAUAUACGCUUUGCUUCAGGAGGACCCAUUACGAGAACUGUUUGAAGCGUGUAAAUCAGGUGACUUGAACAAAGUCAGGCGACAGAUAAAUGCCGAGACAGUCAACGCUAGAGAUACAACGGGUAGAAAAAGUACACCUUUACAUUUCGCUGCUGGAUUUGGUCGCCGUGAUAUAGUUGAACUAUUAUUAGCUGCUGGAGCAUCUAUCCAAGCUCAUGAUGAUGGUGGACUUCAUCCAUUGCAUAAUGCUUGCUCAUUUGGACAUGAAGAUGUGGUUGGUUUAUUAUUAGAAGCUGGAGCCGAUCCUAAUACUAGAGAUAAUUGGAAUUAUACACCUCUGCAUGAGGCUGCUAUAAAAGGAAAAAUUGAAAUAUGUAUUGCAUUGUUACAACAUGGAGCUGACCCAACUAUUCGAAAUUCAGAAAAUAAAACACCAGUUGAUUUAGCUAAUGUUAGUGGAGUUCCUGGUAUUCAUGAAGUGUUAGUGGGAGAUUGGCGUAAAGAUGAAAUUUUAGAAUCUAGUCGAUCUGGUGAUGAUGCAAAAUUAGCAUCUCUUUUAACCCCUUUGAAUGUUAAUUGUCAUGCAAGUGAUGGACGUAAAUCAACUCCAUUACAUUUAGCAGCUGGUUUCAAUCGUAUUCGUUGUGUUCAAUUGCUCCUUAGACAUGGUGCAGAUGUACAUGCAAAAGAUAAAGGUGGUCUUGUUCCAUUACACAAUGCUUGUUCAUAUGGACAUAUAGAAGUGACUGAAAUGCUUAUAAAACAUGGUGCUUGUGUAAAUGCUAUGGAUUUAUGGCAGUUUACUCCUUUGCAUGAAGCUGCAUCUAAAUCCCGUAUAGAAGUUUGUUCGUUGUUAUUAAGCAAAGGUGCUGAUCCAACUUUAAUCAAUUGUCAUUCUAAGUCAGCUAUAGACUUAGCAUCUACACGUGAACUACAAGAAAGAUUAUCUUAUGAAUUUAAAGGUCAUUGUUUAUUGGAAUCCUGUCGUAUUGCUGAUGUUUCAAAAGUAAAAAAACUUUUAAAUUCGGAAAUCGCUAAAUUUAAACACCCUUUAACUGGAGACACAGUUUUUCAUGUUGUGGCUACUUCAUUAGGUUCAAAACGUAAACAAGUUAUUGAACUUUUAGCUCGCAAAGGAGCACAAAUAAAUGAAUCCAAUAAAGAGCUCUUGACUCCAUUACACUUAGCUGCAGAUUAUGGUCAUUUUGAUGUUAUGGAAACAUUUAUUAGACUUGGUGCGCGAGUUAAUGCUACUGAUGGACUUGGACAAACAGCUUUACAUCGUUGUGCAAGAAAUGAUAGUUUACAAGGUUGCAAAAUACUUUUAUCAUAUAAUAUUGAUACAAGCAUUACAUCAGUACAAGGACUUAAAGCCAUUGACAUGGCUACGGAUAACAUAAAAAAGAUAUUACAAGAACCUCCUGUGGUUUUAGAUUUAGAGUCUGAACUUUUAGAAGCUUCUAAAUCUGGUGAUUUAGAGAAAGUACAGAAACUAUUAACUUCAUAUCCUAAUAUUGUUAACUGUAGAGAUUUAGAUGGGCGACAUUCCACACCACUUCACUUCGCUGCUGGUUAUAAUCGUGUAGCAGUUAGUCAGUACCUACUCUCUCAUGGUGCUGAUGUUCAUGCAAAAGAUAAAGGAGGCCUUGUACCUCUGCACAAUGCCUGUUCAUAUGGACAUUUUGAAGUUACCGAUAUGUUAAUUAAACAUGGUGCUAAUGUUAAUGUGUCUGACUUAUGGAAAUUCACUCCACUUCAUGAAGCUGCAGCAAAAGGGAAAUAUGAAAUUGUGCGAUUGUUAUUACAGCAUGGUGCUGACGAUACAAAAAAAAAUCGUGAUGGGCAUACACCUUUAGGACUAGUUAGAGAUUCUGAUAAUGAAGUAGCUGAUUUGUUAAGAGGUAAUGCAGCACUUUUGGAUGCUGCUAAAAAAGGUAUUCUAGCUAGAGUUCAAAGACUUGUCACUUCAGAAAAUAUAAAUUGUCGAGAUACUCAAGGAAGAAAUUCUACCCCUUUGCAUUUAGCUGCUGGUUAUAAUAAUUUGGAAGUAGCUGAAUUUCUCUUAGAACAAGGAGCUGAUGUUAAUGCUCAAGAUAAAGGAGGUUUAAUACCUUUACAUAAUGCAUCAUCAUAUGGGCAUUUAGAUCUUGCUGCACUUUUAAUCAAACAUAAUACCACUGUAAAUGCUACUGAUAAUUGGGGCUUUACCCCAUUACACGAAGCAGCUCAAAAAGGACGAACACAACUAAGCGCACUUCUUUUGGCUCAUGGUGCUGAUCCUUUUUUGAGAAAUCAAGAAGGACAAACUCCUCUUGAAUUAACUACAGCUGAAGAUGUAAGAUCGUUAUUAACAGAUGCAAUGGCUUCACAUCCUGGUGCCAAUGCAGCAGCCAAUAAUUCAUCAGUAUAUAUUGCUACACCACCUCCAUUAUCUCUAGAGGAAACAGCUACGGUUGUAAUGCCUUCUGGAGCUUCAGUUGCAUUACCCAGUCCUGGUGGUUCCGGUCGAUCAUUCUUGUUAGGUUCUCAAGCAGAUGGAUCAGUGAAUGGAUAUGAAAGUGCUCAUCCUCAUCCUAAUUGUAUAACUUUAUCAACCAUUCAAGGAUUUCUCUCUAGUCUUGGUUUGGAACAUCUUAAUGAAGUAUUUGAAAGAGAACAAAUAACCUUGGAUAUAUUAGCUGAGAUGGAACAUGAAGACUUAAAGCAAAUUGGAAUCACAGCAUAUGGUUAUCGGCAUAAGCUCAUUAAAGGGAUGGAAAAAUUAGUGUCCAAACAUGGUGGUGUUUGUUCAGGCUUAUCAGGUGGAAUGCCAUGUACACUUUUAAUCGAUUUAUUACCUGAAGAUAAAGAAUUUAUUACUGUUGAACAAGAAUUACAAAGUACCAUAAGAGAACAUCGUGAUAAUGGACAAUCUGGGGGGAUAUUUAAUAGAUACAAUAUUAUUAGAAUACAAAAGAUUCAAAAUCGUAAACUAUGGGAUCGUUACAUACAUCGUAAAAGAGAAGUGUCUUUAGAAAAUGGUAAUCAAGCCAAUGAAAGAAUGCUUUUUCAUGGAUCACCUUUUAUUAAUGCAAUUGUCCAGAAAGGAUUUGAUGAAAGGCAUGCAUACAUUGGUGGCAUGUUUGGAGCUGGUAUUUAUUUUGCUGAAAACUCAUCUAAAAGCAAUCAAUAUGUUUAUGGAAUUGGUGGAGGAACAGGUUGUCCAGCACAUAAAGAUCGAUCUUGUUAUCAAUGUUUAAGACAUUUGCUCAUGUGUCGAGUUACUCUUGGAAAGUCAUUUAUUCAAUAUAAUGCUAUCAAAAUAGCUCAUGCACCACCUGGACAUCAUUCAGUAAUGGGAACACCAAGUGUUGGUGGGUUGAAUUUCUCCGAAUAUGUUGUGUAUAGAGGUGAACAGGCUUACCCAGAAUAUUUAAUUGCCUACCAAAUUGUGAACCCAUCUGAAGCUGUGGAAAGUGGUUAACAUAAGCUCUCUGCUUUAUGCAAUAUUUUUCUCUUAAAUACGUUCCUCUUUUUCAAUUAUUAAUAAAUCUUAGUGUGAUGUUUUCUCAA